AUGUCGUCAUUCCUCAACUCCCUCCGCCCCGGCCUGCGCAUGGCCAAGGUGGCCACCCAGACCGCCCGUACCUUCAGCUCCUCGCCCGCCCACGCCCUCGCCCGUCUGACCGUCACCGGCCGCCUCGGCGCCGACCCCGAGCUGCAGGCUACUUCCUCCGGCCAAGAAGUCGUCAAGUACGUUGUCGGCUCUUCCCACGGCCGCCCCGAUAACCGCACCACCAGCUGGUUCCGCGUUACUAGCUUUGUUCCCGAGGGUGCUCAGCGUGAUUACAUCCUUUCUUUGACUAAGGGAACACUCGUCCUCGUCGAGGGCGACGCCAGCCUCCGCAGCUACGAGGACAACGACGGCAAGACCCGCACCAACUUGAACGUCGUGCAGCGCAAUCUCGAGGUCCUUAAGCGCCCCUUUAACGCCGAUCAGGAAUCCCAGCAGUAG